AUGUCCACACAGAAAAAAUUCCACUGCGCCUGCACUGGUCUUGCCCUCGAAACUGCACAAAGUCAUUCGGCUGCGCAAGAUAUCACCCUUUUUGCCAGCUGUUUCUCGCCUUUUGCUCAGCGUGUGUGGACCGCAAUGGAGUAUCUGGGAAUACCAUAUCAAUAUUGUAGGAACUUGCUUGCAUGGAUUAAUUCUUCUUAUCACUUGACUCUAGAUGAGGUCGAUAUGCGCAAGAGAUCAGAUUUGCUCGAAAUUUCGCCCAAGGGUCUGGUACCGGCACUUAAACUGAACGAUCACACACCCGUUCGCGGAUUGCAUGAAAGCACAGUGAUACUCGAAUUUCUUGAGGAGCUCGCAUGCCAAUCCAACGGUUUGAGCCUGCUUCCGAAGGAUCCUUAUGCCCGCGCUCUCGUUCGUCUCCAAUGCGACCACAUCAAUCAGAUCAUCGUGCCGUCUUUCUAUCGCUUUCUUCAACUGGCUCAAGACGAAUCCGCACAAGUCACAGCCGCACAGGACUUCCGACAAGCUCUGGAAACCCUCAUCGGUCUGCUCGAGCGCGCCGAGAAUGAUGCUCUGUGUGAGGGAGACACUGAGAUGGGAGAGCCCACGGGCCUCGGACUGUGGAAUAAUUGUGGUGCUAUGAACCUUACGGAUGUGAUGGUGGCUCCAUACUUGUUCCGGGCGACGAACGUCUUGAAAUAUUACCGCGCAUUCCAGCUUCCGGAGGGUGUUAAGUUCAAGGCUUGGACGACCCGGUUACUGGAGCAUCCCGCUUUCAAGGUGACAUGCAGCACGGAGCAGUUGUAUCUCGAUAGCUAUGAAAGAUACGCCUUCAAUCGCCCCAACAUCAGUCAAGUUGGAAAUGCUAUCAAUUCCGGGAAACCUCUCCCUUAA